CGUCAGUUUAUUCGUAGUCGGACGAAGCUAUAUAACUGUUCAUAAUAGCCAAAGCAAUAUAUGUAUACACAUCCGAAUUGUUUUCCUAACGAAAUUUCGAAAGUGUUUUCGAAGUUUAGAACGUCCGAAUAAUGAUUCGAAUUCAGUCAUUGAAUUAGAAAGUGUUUUGUAAUUUAUUUCUUUCAUUCUGAGAGGUUUGAGGACCGGUGAACUUUUACAGUAAAAAUAUUUCGAAAUUAACCCUGACGAGAGUGAACGUUUGAGAUGUCUACGAAAGUUUGCGAAUGUCUAUCUGCUGGCCAACAACGUGAUCACGGUUGCCAGCUGAUGUCAGCUGAGGAUGAUGAAAAUAUAAACAAAGAAAGCGAGACUAGGUACAGUGAUGGUUCAGUGAAGUUGAGAAAUCCCAACAUCGAACUAAUGGACCAGGAUAUUCUGUACCAUUUGGCACUGGGCAGCGGUUCCCACGAUCUGGUCGAGAUGUUCGGUGAUGUAAAGUUCGUAUGCAUGGGAGGAACUCCGAAACGUAUGGAGAACUUCGCUUGGUAUAUAAUGAAGGAAAUAGGACACAAGCUAGCUGCUGGGACAACUUUACUGGACAUCAGUCAACAUUCAUAUCGCUAUUCAAUGUAUAAAGUCGGUCCAGUUCUCUCUGUCAGUCAUGGAAUGGGAAUUCCGUCGAUAGGUAUUCUGCUUCACGAGAUUAUAAAACUCAUGUAUCAUGCAAAAGUGCGCGAUCCGAUGUUCAUCAGAGUUGGUACGUGCGGGGGAAUUGGAUUGGAUCCGGGCACGGUUGUAAUAUCGGAGGAGGCAGUCGAUGGUAUGCUGAAGCCAUAUUUUGAGCAGCCAGUGCUGGGUAAAAUCACCCGACGACCAGCCAAGUUGGAUAAAAAAUUAGCUAUGGAAUUGCUAGCUCUCGCUAGUAAUGAAGAUCCUUAUGACACUGUAACUGGAAAGACAAUGUGUACUUCCGACUUUUACGAGGGACAGGGACGUCUGGAUGGGGCCUUUUGUGAUUAUACUGAGCAGGAUAAAGUCGACUACCUUAAUAAACUCCACAAGCAUGGUAUCAUCAACAUUGAGAUGGAGUGUACUGUGUUUGCUGCACUUACCCAUCAUGCUGGCAUCAGAGCUGCCAUCGUUUGUGUUACCUUCUUGGAUCGGCUAAAGGGUGAUCAGGUGAAUUCUCCUAAAGAAGUAUUAGAAGAAUGGCAGAAGCGUCCGCAAGAGCUAGUGGCUCGAUACAUCAAGAGAUAUCUACAGCACAAAGGACGAUUAUCCUUGGAAGGCCAUGGCUCGAUGUGUGUGAAGAGUCCACGUCGAUUCAAGCUCGUUCAACAAGAGUCUGAGAACUACGAUUAAACUGCCCAUCGAGAGUCGCCCAAACUCACGAAAUAAAUCCGUUUGUUCUUAUCAUAUCGAUUAAAACAUCGACGAACCGAAUUCUUAAUUUCAUUAUGUGAAUUGUUGGACUGCACAAAUUGAAAUAACAGUUAUUACUGAUUCGAAUUUUUUUUACUUUUAUUUUUGAAACUAAACAAAUAGAUAAUUACUUUGACGAGAGAUAAAAAAUAUCACGGCCUUCGGAGCUGUCACAAUUGAGCCAUCAGUUGGUGAUUUUGAAUAGUUCAUUUAAUCGAGGCUCAAUCACAAUGUUCAAGUACAAAAAUAAAAAAGAGAAACAAUUUUUUUAAAAAUCGUGUUACUGACCAUUCUCGGCCACAUAUCCAAUAUUUUUUAUCCGAAAGUCUGUUGAGAGUGAAUUGCAAAGAUAUAUAAAACAUAGAAAAUGCAUAUAUGGGAAUUAUAAGGAUUGCCCGAUUUUUCUCUUUAAUUCAAAUCACGUACUUUGGAUUUCUUCAUUUAUCCUUUUUUCAAUUUUUUAAAUAAAUUGCGAAUUUCUUUUGGAUCGCUUUGAAUGUCUAACGACCAAAAAUAUUAUCAAAUGGAGGUUUAAAAAUGUGUAAUUAAUGAUGAAAACUAAGCCAUAGCUGAUUAAGCUGAAGUUUACGAUGUUUGUUAUGACAUGACGCAACUAGUGUCGGUGGCCUACGCAAGUUUUUACGCAUUAAAGAAUAAAUAGUGAGAUAGAAGCUCUGUUUCACUCACUCGUUAAUGAAAACCGUAUUAGAAUGUUCAAUGUCUUGAUUAUUUCCGACAUUCUGAUUUCGACCAAUCAUACUGCGGUAUUCAACCUCAUGUGGCAACUUCACAUUGUCAUUUGAAUAACCUAUGCUCGCCUAUUAAUUUUCGUUCCACUAUUUGAUAGAUAUCUAUCCCAUACACCUGCUGUUUGCCAAUAAAUACCGCUCUCUGAUCGAACGAAACUAGAACGCAAUGAUCAGGAAUAAUCAUCCGAGAGAUCAGAAGGCAAAAUUAUGGGAAAAAUUUCCAUAAAUUUGGACCUCUCGGGGUGUUAUAGCCGAUAAUGAAAUAAAUCAUUUAAAGGAACAAAUAAUAGAUUAAUUAAUUAAUUACGGGCUGAACAAAAUACGGAUUAUUUGCGGAAGUUGAUUAAUUGCGGCUUUUAUUCUGAGCUGUCUCGUCUUGAUUUUCUCCAUAUGAAAAACGUGAAGAACUGGAAAUUGGGAUGAGAAUUAUUACCUCAGAGUCAUCGUGACAGGAGUCGAUACUGCGUUUCCCUAAACUAAGACGAGAAUGAAAAUUUUGAAAUUUACUGUGAACGAAAUAAUCCUUUGGACGUAUUUUGGUUUCGUGAAAUUUUUCGUGGCAUCAGAUGAUUUCCUUUUAAAUGACAGAUUAUUGGAAAUGAGAGUCAUGACUUUAUUUCGAGUGUAAUAAUAACGAAAAUUACUCAAUAUCUUAAAUGCCCCCGCAGGUUCUCCUGUACCACGAAGAGUUUGAAUAUUCAUCAUUUCAAAUAAUAUGAUAGAAAAUGUUAGACAUAGCUGAUUCAACAUUCCAAACAAUUCCAAAUAGUUAUCUUUCAUUAUAAAAAUUUCCUUAAAUUGUGAAAACGGAAGGUGCGUUAACUAAAAAUGUAAUACUUUGUGGCGGAUUAAAAAAUGAAUUCCUCAAAUAAAA